ACGAAUUGCCGGGAGCUCGUUCCCUCUUCGACUGGAAAAUCUUAAAAACGCGCCUCCCACGACAAUCGCGAAAUUUCCACCUCUUCCGUCUUCUGUAUCCUCGUCCACUGCUGUGCUUUCUUUGAGUGCACGUCAUUCUCGCCCUAACGCGUCGACAAUGGCGCCCUUCAAGCCAAGUACCGAAGACUUCUACUUCGAACUGGGCAUAAUUCAGAUUGCUACGCAAGCUGAAAUCAAGUUGGCGUACCGUAAGCUUGCCCUGCUAGGCCACCCGGACAAGACGGGAUGUGUCAAGGAUGAUGCCGACUUCAAGAGUGUCUAUAAAGCGUAA